AUUUAUUCCUGCGCCGAGCGCCGGGGCUGAAGCACCUCGGAGCGAGCGGGCAGCGCCUUCGCCGCCGCCAUGGCCCGGCUCCUGGGCACCCGCUGCCUGCUGCUGCUGCUGCUCCUCGGCGUCUGCACCGACAUCGCCCGCGCCAAGAAGGGCAAAGGCAAACCCGGCUGGGGCGGGGGCAGCCACCGGCAGCCCAGCUACCCCCGGCAGCCCGGCUACCCCCAAAACCCGGGCUACCCGCACAACCCGGGCUACCCGCACAACCCCGGCUACCCCCAUAACCCGGGCUACCCGCACAACCCGGGCUACCCGGGCUGGGGGCAGGGCUACAACCCGUCCAGCGGAGGCAGUUACCACCAGAAGCCGUGGAAGGCGCCCAAGCCCAAGCCCAGCUUCAAGCACGUGGCGGGGGCGGCGGCGGCGGGCGCCGUGGUGGGGGGCUUGGGGGGCUACGCCAUGGGCAGGGUGAUGUCGGGCAUGCACUACCGCUUCGACAGCCCCGACGAGUACCGCUGGUGGAACGAGAACGCCGCGCGCUACCCCAACCAGGUCUACUACCGCGACUAUCGCGACCAGCGCGGCCCCGUGCCGCAGGACGUCUUCGUGGCCGACUGCUUCAACAUCACCGUCACCGAGCACAACAUCGGCCCCGCCGCCAAGCGGAACGCCUCGGAGGCGGGGGCGGCCGUCAACCAGACGGAGGCGGAGCUGGAGGCGCGCGUGGUGACCAAGGUGAUCCGCGAGAUGUGCAUCCAGCAGUACCAGGAGUACCGGCUGGGCUCGGGCAUGCGGCCGCACCUGGCCGACGCCUCGCUGGCCGCCCUGCUGCUCCUCGUCCUCUUCGCCCUGCACUAGAGCGCCCCGCGCCUGCCAGGUGUCACCCGCCUCCCCGAGGGGUUCCCCGCCCCGUCCGCGCUUGGUUGGUUUUGGUGAGGAGCACCUGGGGCGCUCCCCGGAGUAUCCGGUUCAGGCAACGGGAUGAAAAUUUCCUUUUCUGCCCCAAACGCGUCCCCGGGACGGCGCUGGAGCCCGAAACCGCGGCCUUCGCCUCCUCCUCCUCCUCGGGGCCACCCCGAGAGGGACCAGGCAGAGGGGAGCUCUCCUUGGCAUCCCUGCAGGAGCGUUUCCAAAAAUCCUCUUUGUUAACAGGCAGGGUUUUAUCUCGCCCCUCAGUCCCCACGCUCCCUCUCCCUGGGGCACCUCAGGGCAUUUCAGAGGGGUUUUCGAGCUGCCAGGUUGCGAUUUGAACUGGUCCAUCCUAAAAAAAUAAUUCCCUUCCCCGUGUACGUGAAGAGCUGCCACUUCACACCCUGCAUGCUGCAACCCCCCUCUCUGCAGCAACGCACCAAAAUAAAGUCAUUUACUCCCUGUCACAGCGAGGCUGAAGCACCAGUCAGUUUUUAGAGGCAGAAAAUGCUGCUGAAUGCCCCAAACACCCCCAAAAUGGUGUUACAGCCUGAGAAAAAGCUAUUUUGGAUGCUCUAGGUGACAAGUUGUGUUCAUACUUCAGCACCUGGACCAUAAGGACGUUAAAAUGCAGCAGAAAGGGUUCUCAGGGGAAUCAAGCACGUAGCAAGAGACUGAAAUCGGCUAAACCACGCUGGUACAGCAAACCGCAUCGGGAAAAACGGGCUGGGAAGGGAGAUGCUUAAAAAAAAAAGCCACAUUUGUGAGUAAUUCCUUUGGCCUGUGGAAGCAACGGGUAAAAUUCUCGCUUCUCGUGUCGAUGCUGGGCUGGGGACGAGCUGUAACAUCCGCGGCGCUGCGCUUGUCGAACCGAGCUCGAUUUAAUAUCUCUCGUGUAUUUUUGAUUUUUUUAUUUUGCAAGGCACUGAAUAACACUGUCCUAAACGAGAUAUUUUUCCUUUUUUUUUUUCCUUUGUUUUGCAUUGGUGUAAGCUAAGUGAAGAUAUAUUAUAUAUAAAUAUAUCUAUGAGUAGAGAGAAAAUGAACCUUUCAGGAUAGCCACCGGAGAAGCAGGGCUUUGAGGUGCCACGUACUUUGUGAUAAGCGGAUGUUUUGUAAACCCUGUCACGGUGCAUGCCCGGGAUUUGCCGUGCUGAGCCUUUUCUAAGUGUUCCACGUCUGGUACCAAUUAAAACGGAUCAAGCCAA